GUCGGAGCGACUCUACACCGCGCGCGUAUACCGUGGUGUGAUACCGCAAUUGUAUCGUACCGUAUUAUACUGAAAGUCGAGGUGGUAUUUUGCCGCGUUCCCGAGCGAGGAUUCGCGUCCCGAUCUGACAGUUUUAUCGAAAUGACACGUAGAUCACUAGCGUGAUAACCUGCAACUCCGGUCCACAAGUCUGCCAUAGUUCGUUAUUAUAAUAUCAAUUUGUCACAAUCAUGUCCUAUCCUGGCCAGCCACCUAUGGGUAUCCCAGGAAUGCCUCCGAUGCCAUACAUGGUCGGAGCACCUCCGCCAAUUAUUGGAGGAGUCAUGCCUAUGGCCCACAUGAUUCCAUCACCCGUAUCUGCGAUGCAGACGUCCGCGCCGGCAGUACGUUACUCGCGCAAUCAGAAUCGCCACGAUAAUAAUCGGAGGCGCGAGAGAGAGUCCGGCCCACCUGUCACGGUAUUCAUUGGUAACAUAAUGGACAGAGCGCCCGACGUGAUGAUACGACAUAUUCUGGGCGCGUGCGGGCAUGUUCUCUCUUGGAAGAGAGUACAGGCGUUCGGCUUUUGCGAAUUCGCAGGCCCCGACGCGGGUCUCAGAGCAGUCAGGUUGCUCCAUGACAUGGAAAUAGGCACGAAAAAGCUCGUUGUCAAAGUGGACGCUAAAGCUAAGGUAGUUCUGGACCAAUUCAAAGCUGAACGAAGGAAAAAACUCAGAGGGGGUCAGUCGCCUCUACAGGACGAAGUGCCCGGCGAAGGAGCUGACGGUGAGGAGGGUGAAGAUUACAUGGACGAGGGCAUGAGAGUGGUCGACGCAGAUGCACUCGCUCGUAUCAACCAGAUCAUAGCUGAGCAUGCUGUAGAUCUGGAAAUGGCGCAAGUUGCUCCAGAGGAACACCAGACAAAAAUGGCAGCUAAAUCCUUAAAUCUGGAUGAUGCAGAAAUAGAAGAGAGUAAAAGAGAUUUGAUUACCCGGGAAAUUGGCAAAUUCAGGGAGGUCAUGAAGAAGCAGGAGGAGGAAAAGGCCCAGGUGAAGCGAAAGAAGGAAGCUGUCGAGAAAGAGGAGCGCGAGAAGCGGGAAAAGGAACGACGUGAUAAGCGUGACGAUGAUGCCUCGAACAAGGACGAUCAAGACGGAGAUCCUAGUAGUCCUACGUCUCAUAAAGGUCGUAGUGAUAGUACUGGCAGCAGUAGAAGGGACAAACGUCGUUCUAGAUCUAGAUCUAAAGAACGUGACAGGGACCGAUUGAGAAACGACCGAGACCGGGAUCGAGACAGAGAUCGCGAGAGAGAUCGAGAGCGGGAGCGGGAACGAGAACGAGAGCGGGAUCGGGAUCGUGAGAGGGAACGCGAGCGGGAACGCGAGCGAGAUAGAGAGAAGGAGAGAGACCGAGACCGAGAACGGGAGAGGGAGCGGGAGCGGGAAGAGGUGAGAAAGACCGAAAGAGAGAUUAUGCGCGAGAGGGAGGAGGAGGAAGAGGCAAAGGAGAGAAAGAAAAAUGAGAGGCGAGCCAGGGAAAAGGAGGCGGCGUACCAGGAGCGUUUGAGGGCAUGGGAGACACGCGAACGGCGCAAACAGAAGGAGUACGAAAAAGAAGCUGAGAAGCGUCGUGCGAAACGCGAGGCCAGAGAGAGGGAGGCAAAACGUCUGAAGGAGUUCCUCGAGGAUUACGAUGACGAUCGCGAUGAUUCCAAGUACUACAAGGGUAAAGAAUUAUCUCGCCGGGUCCAAGAACGGGCAUUGGAAGCCGAAAUAGACUCGCGGGAUCGUUGUGCCGAAAGCCAAGAACUUCAGCGUCUACGCGACAAAUUGUACGCAGAUGCCUCUAACCCGGAUCCUGCCGCGGAAUUUGAAAGGUUGAAAGCCGAAAGGGAGGAACAGUAUAAGCCUAAACCAGUAAUUACUAUAAUUGACGAAGAGGAUGACAAGGUGGUGAAGAAAGAUAAGGAGAUAAUGCCGCCGAUAGAAACCGAGCCAAUAGAGAGUGACAGUGAUGACGGUGUGCAGUUUGACGAUGUUUCUCAGCCGGAAGCACCAUCCAGAACGCCACCGCGACAACAUCAUCAUCAUCAUCGUCGGCAUCAUAGACAUCAUCAAAAUCAUCAUCGCGAUGGUGAGGAGAAUCAAGAGGGAUUAGUGGAGGUAGAUCGAGAGAGUCUGAAAGAUGCACGGCCGUCACCGGGGCAUCAAUCGGCUGCGACACCUGCUCAAUCCAUUCCACCGUCAUUAGAUGAAGAUUCACGCAUGUCCCUUGUUAGUGAACCAGAAAAGACAAGCGGUAGUAACUUUGUUCCAUUUGCUAUGGGAAGUGGAGGCAAUCGUGCUAGCGAUCACAGUAUAGGCGGUAAAACGCCGGUUAGUCCUAACACUGCUGCUAAUACUAAUUCACAACAGCCAAAUCAAACACGGAAAAAAGGCCGUAUUGACGUUAAAGACGUAUUCAAUAACGAUGACGACGAUGAUAAUGCUAAUAACGCGAAAAAGCGUAAACUCGUACCUUUAGAUUAUGGAGACGAGAAGAAAAAGAAAACUGAAGAAGCCACGAAAACAGGCAAAGAAGAAAACACAAAGAGCCAAGAGGAAAAGCGAAAACACAUAAAAUCUCUCAUAGACAAAAUACCUACGGAUAAGAAUGCAUUGUUCGGCUAUCAACUCGAUUGGGCACUCAUCGAUAACACAUUAAUGGAGAAGAGAAUAAGACCUUGGAUCAAUAAAAAGAUUAUCGAAUAUAUUGGCGAACCAGAACCUACUCUAGUGGAUUUUAUUUGUAGCAAAGUAAUGGCGGGCAGUUCUCCUCAGGGAAUACUAGACGAUGUACAGAUGGUGUUGGACGAAGAAGCGGAAGUGUUCGUAGUUAAAAUGUGGAGGUUACUAAUUUAUGAGGUGGAAGCUAAGAAAAUGGGCUUAGUGAAGUAAAUGGAGUGUCGUCCGUAAAUUCAUCAACUCAUGAUUUAUAUUACACAUAAAAUUCUUUUGACUAAGUGUAAGGAAAUGUUUAGAUACUACAUACUUAUAUGCAGUUUAAUAUUAUAUUAUUACAUAGAAAUUCUGCCCUACAAGUGAAAGCAUAAGUGAUGCUCGAUAUAGGUGGUACUAAAUGUGUAGUAAUUAUAGCGUUAAAUAAACUUGUAAUUACGAUUUAUAAUA